AUGUUCAAUUCCCAAACAGCCCCGCGACCAACGCCUGCAGCCUGGAGAGUGCCAGCAGUUGGUCGCACAACAUGUUUGUGCUCCAUCCGUUACCAUGGAAUCCUUGCCAUGCUGAUCCCACCUAUCUAUAGGUCUUCCCGACGACGCAAUGGGAAACUCGCAUCCUGUGAGCCUUGUCGCAAAGACAAGUGCUUGCUUGGAUUCAUUAUCAGGUCGCAACAGCAUGCUGGUACUGGGCCUUCCUCGGAGAGCCGAAUCACAAGCCGCAGGCUUGGUUCCCGCAUAAGUGUUCUUUUACAUGCCGGAUAUUUGGGGCCCAUAAAUUCCAUAAUCGACGAUGGCGAUGGAAUCAAUUCGCAUGGUCACUCAGAUGGGUCUGAGGCUCAGUCUAGCAGUUUCAGCUGCUUUAACUCUUUCCAGGAAGUGGAGGAGCUUCUGGAGUGCCUGCGAGAAUUCCCGUGCAUAAAGGGUUACAUGAAUGGGUACUAUACGCUAAGUCAGGUUGCCGUGGUUCCUGCUCCGUUCAUACGCCGAGCACUUGCUGAGAUAGAAGUCACAUACGACGCCAUUACGGUAAGAAGUCCGCCGCAACCAUUGUCAGAAUUGGCUACUACUAUCGUCAAAAACACUCGACAACCAUUUGAUGUCGCUCAAGAAUGUGAUGGAGUUCGCUUUCAUGAAUCAUUCACUGGCUCUUCCAUCCGCCUAGAGGUCCUCGGGUUGAUCUACGCACUGGCAGGUCGUGCGAUUUCAUUUGGGUUUCCCUAUAAUUUCAGCCAUAGUCAAGAUAGCGCAUGCUCGCCUCUCCAGUUCUCUCGAAUAUGCUCGCUGCAAGCGAUAUUGCUAACCAACUCUGCUUUUUCCCGGUUCUAGUGUAUUAUAAAUGCUCGAUUUCCGUACUGUUCCAUCCAAUAUGUGUGACAAGUGCCCACUGGGAACUAAGACUAAGGGAAGAGAUUACUCGGGAAGGAGGGGUAGAUAUGGUCGCCCGGGAGACGUCUCAAAUCC